UUUCUCUUGCUUCAGCUGUGUAAGGAGUAGAGCUGGAGCCCAAGGGUUAAUAAUUCUGUGGCAGCACAUAGAGCUAUUUUUUCCCCAUUUCUCUUCUGCUAGGUGUGAGUGUGUAGCGUGGCUCAGCUGGCUGCUGCCUUUCUUCCAGUAAAUAGCUGCACCUUCCUCCUUACCUCUUCCUAAGCAGAGCACAUGUCUCCAUAGUACUCCGGAGGGGGGUGAUCAGGAUUGUUUAGGGAAGAGAGAGCCCUUUCAAAGUUCCACGCAGCAGUCUCUCCUUGCCACUGGGGAUGGGCACAGCUCCAGCUGCUCUGACCCGAAGAGGUCCCACUGGAUGAAUUGCUAAACGGCCACCUGCUUCUGAGCAUUGUUCAACCUUGUGGGAUCCUCGCAACCGGGAGGUAGAAAAAGACAGCAGCAGCCGACUUGCGUGGGACUCCCCUGGCUCUUGUGCCCGAGACCCUACCACUCCCUCUGCCUGGCAGCCUGUGUUUUGGGCCUCACCGAGACAGUCUGAGUAGGAACAAGCCAUCUCAUCAUUCACAGCCAUGAAUUUCCUCCGGCGACGCCUCUCUGACAGCAGCUUUGUGGCCAACCUGCCGAACGGCUACAUGACAGACCUCCAGCGCCCAGACAGCUCCACCAGCUCCCCUGCAUCCCCAGCCAUGGAGAGGAGGCACCCCCAGCCCCUGGCAGCCUCCUUCUCCUCUCCAGGAUCCAGCCUUUUUAGCUCCUUCUCCAGUGCCAUGAAGCAGACCUCACAGGCCCCCUUGGGGCCGAUGGAGUCUCCAGGUCCCUCCACGCCUGUUGUUCAAAGGCCCAGGAUCCUGCUGGUGAUCGAUGAUGCCCACACAGACUGGGCCAAGUAUUUCCAUGGAAAGAAGGUGAAUGGAGAGAUUGAGAUCCGAGUGGAACAGGCUGAAUUCUCAGAGUUGAAUCUAGCUGCCUAUGUUACUGGGGGCUGUAUGGUGGACAUGCAGGUUGUGAGAAAUGGGACCAAGGUUGUGAGAUCCUUCAAGCCGGACUUCAUCCUUGUCCGCCAGCAUGCCUACAGCAUGGCCCUGGGUGAAGACUACCGCAGCCUGGUCAUCGGCCUCCAGUAUGGAGGGCUGCCUGCCGUCAACUCCCUCUACUCCGUCUACAACUUCUGCAGCAAGCCCUGGGUGUUCUCUCAGCUCAUUAAGAUCUUCCACUCCCUGGGUCCUGAGAAGUUCCCGCUUGUGGAGCAAACGUUUUUCCCCAACCAUAAGCCAAUGCUCACAGCCCCACACUUCCCUGUGGUGGUCAAACUGGGACACGCCCACGCCGGAAUGGGAAAGAUCAAAGUAGAAAACCAGCAUGACUACCAGGACAUCACCAGCAUGGUGGCCAUGGCCAAAACCUACGCCACCACCGAGGCCUUCAUCGACUCCAAGUACGACAUCCGCAUCCAGAAAAUUGGAUCCAACUACAAAGCUUACAUGAGAACCUCCAUCUCUGGAAACUGGAAGGCCAACACAGGCUCUGCUAUGCUGGAGCAGGUGGCCAUGACAGAGAGGUACAGGCUGUGGGUGGACAGCUGCUCAGAGAUGUUUGGUGGCCUGGACAUCUGCGCCGUCAAGGCUGUCCACAGCAAGGAUGGCAGAGACUACAUCAUUGAGGUGAUGGACAGCUCCAUGCCCCUGAUUGGAGAGCACCUGGAAGAGGACAAACAGCUGAUGGCCGAUCUCGUUGUCUCCAAAAUGAGCCAACUCCCGAUGCCAGGGGGCACAGUGCCCUCGCCCCUGAGGCCUUGGACUCCUCAGACUAAACCAGCAAAACCCCCUGGGCAAGCCCAGCUUGGGCCUCCUCUCGGACAGCCUCAGCCACGGACACCCACACAAGGGGGCCCUCGCCAAGCUCAGUCUCCUCAGCCCCCAAGAUCUGGAAGCCCCUUGCAACAGAGGCUCUCCCCACAAGGCCAGCAACCCCUGAGUCCUUCAUCUGGAUCUCCACAGCAGCAGAGGUCACCAGGCUCUCCACAGCUAUCCCGCACAUCUGGAGGCAGCUCUCCAAACCAGGUCUCCAAGCCAGGCACCACCCUUACCUCACAGCCCCGGCCCCCCAUGCAGAGCCGCAGCACCUCCCAACAGGGUGAAGAGUCCAAGAAACCAGCAGCACCCCACCCCCAUCUCAACAAAUCCCAGUCCCUGACUAACAGCCUCAGCACGUCUGACGCCUCCCAGCGUGGGACCCCAAGUGAAGACGAGGCCAAGGCCGAGACCAUCCGCAACCUGAGGAAGUCUUUCGCCAGCCUGUUCUCUGACUAACCCUGUCCAGCCCGGGAGGGGGUGCCCCGUUACACUCCCCCCUCUCCUGCCCCAUCCUCCAUCUCAGCCUUGGUUCCUGACGGGAACAGAAUGGAGGGCCUGAGAAUAUACUUUCCAAAUGCCUUUGGUCCAGGAACUGAGUGUCUACAUGUGUUCCCACUUUCCUUUGCCAUGACGUUCCAGCAUUGCCCGACUGAGGGGUGGGCCUUUGAGAGCCUCCAGGUUCCUCAAAACGGGCCUUAAAGACAGGCAUCUCGUCAACCUUCCUACCCAGAUGCUUGCUUCCCUGCCUCAGAUAACCACGUGAGAUGUCUGUGUGUGGCUAGUUUUGACAUUUCUUGUUAGUGUUUUGCUUGUCUUUGGGAAGGGCCCCCUCUGAGCCUUGCCCCACCUCCAUCAAAUGCAGACGCUGAAGUCAGACCUCAGCAAUGUAGGAGGCAAUAAACUUUUGACAGUGUUUUGCAAACAAAAGGACAAAAGCGCAGCCAGGGGAACCUACCACCUACCCUUGCAAGUCCCAUCCAAGCUCAAGAGAUGGCCCUGCAGACCAGACAGGCGAAGCCCCAUCACACCCACCACCAGUGGACCUUGAGGACCAUGGAAAGAAUUCAGAGGCUGCGUGGCCCGUGGGGCCUUUCAGAACACAACAGAAACAGAGGGGAGGCUUUACAAUGUCGCUCGUGCCCAGAGUGCUAUCCUAAAUUGGACAGCCAAGAGCAGACCAUGGGUUCUUUUAGGAAUCAUCACUAGUUCCCAGAGGGGGAAUAUGCCCUCCACUUCCCAAGGAAGGAGUCAGGUUAGGGCCUCUCUACCCAUUCCGUGUUACACCACCAUUUGGUCUCUGAACUCCUACCAGGAAUGUUGUUUUCUCCUCAAGGACAUACAAGGAGCCAGAGACAACGAGCAGAUGGAUGACACAGGAUCAGAAAGUGCAGUGACAGUAACUUCUAGCUCGGCGUUUUGCAGGCAGUGUACAGCAAGGCACUGGAAGGUUAGUUAUAAAAGGGUUCACCGGCCAAACGUGUUUAGGAAACACUGUUUUUUGUUUGUUUCUUUUCUGAGAUUGAUAGUACGUAUCAAAGGCUCUUGGAAUUCCUGCAGUAAAGAAAUUAGCUUUAACUUUGUUUAACCCACACUUAUUUGACUAAACCAGUUAACUGCAGAGCUGGAAAAUGUAACCCUGACUCCCUUCCCAAUGCUUUCUCCUACAUCAGGCUCCUGUCAUGAUUAGAUGGGGUGCAGGGGUGUCCCAAAUCUCCAAGCACCUGGUGCUAGAAACAUUGUAGGUGCCAGACCAGCCUCCUGGCUCCAAAGAGCCGAGGAGAAUCCAACAUAGCCAUGCUAUCCCCUCACAGCCCACUUUGCAACUUGAGGCACGUCUUCCCCUCACCGUUCAUAGGGAAGGGGGAGAGGGAAGUAAAAAUGAAAGCGUCCUUGGCCUGGCGCUGCAUUCUGAAUAAAAGAGUGCAGAAAACUAUCGGGCAGGAUGUAACACCACAAAGCCACGUGUUUUAGAAGAUUGAGAACACAGGAAAUACGUGAGGCGACCGUCACUCUUCUACACUGGAAAUUAAGAUUGGAAGAAAAAAUCAAACUAUCUCACCCAAUUCUCAGUAAUAAAACACAGCCCAAAAUACACAACAAAGUGGUGAUAGGCUAGACAAAGUUUCUCAAAGCAUGAGACAUGGCCAAUGUGCAUAGCUAGCUUCAUUUCAGACCAAAGGAUUCAGAAUUUCUGGUCAUAAGGCCCAGAACCUGUAUCUUUGUCAAUCUCCCUAAGUAUUUUGAAUGCACGUUGAAGUUAGACCAGCAGCCCUGCCCUGAGCUGUGUGGAGAAGGUGAGAAACAGUACCGGUGUGGAAGCGUCACAGCCAGGGCCCACUCCUUGGGUGAGCACAGCUAGUGGUUCCAUAAACCGUGAUUACAUGGCUUAACUUUUCCCACUUUCCCAUAUUCUGUCCCUUGUCCCUGAAAACAUCCCAACAUUCAAACCAUAUUUCCCAGAUAUUCCAGUAGAAUAUCAAACUCAUUUCUCAGGCCAGGCAUCCUUGUUUUUAUAACCAUGCACAGAAGAUUCCAUGACAUGAGACAAGUUUAUAACCAACACAUGGCAAUAAAUUUUCCCAUCAGUCUGUGUAUGAGUACAGAGACCAAGAAUGGUCCUUUGGAGACCGUUGAUCCCCAAAAUGGACUGUUUUCUCACAUAGGCUAGCACAUGUUCCCUCCAAGCAUUUAACCUUUAAUAAUUGUGAUAUUUUUUAAUGGGAAAGAACAAAAUGAAAGGGGGAAGGGAGUCACUCUGUAGAGAGUCUGAAAGGUUGUGUUUGUUAUUUUUUGCUCUGUUUCACAACCUUGGCCCAAAGAAAGACUAGCAUUUUCCGUCCAAGGUGACUUGGUGAGGCUGAAACAUGACAAAGAUCCAUUUGGUUGUGCUGACAUGUAGCACAAUGAAGAGAGAAUUUCCAAUGCAGCCUCAGUAGACACCUCCACCAGCCGGAGAAAAUAUCUUCUUCCAGAUCGUCCUCCUAACAGCAUGAUAAAAGGGUUCUGUCGUCUAAUUGUCAAAUCAGCUUUCGAGGGAUACUGGAAUCUGCGUAUCCUUUCUCUUGCAUUAAUCCUCUGGGUCCUCUUCAUCAUUACCACACUGCCCCCCCGUUCAGUCCCUGCUGAUGGAGCAGUUCUACCAUUCCAGAAUUUCAGGGGUUAUAGGCCUUCAUUCCCAUGGUAACAAAUACAGUAGCAAAUCCCAUGAGCCUGAACUUCAACUACCUUCUGGAAGUUCUCAUCUGAAUUUGCAGUGGAAGGAGCUCGAGGGGAAAGCAAGCCAGUGCCGGCAUCUCGUGAACGAGCUACGUGGGCACAGCGCAGCGCACGCCUUGUUCGGCACGCGGUGUGCAGGAUGUGUGUUAGGUUGGCCCUCCUAGAAAACUAUGAAAUUAACAAAAUGUAAACAAAAUGUUAAGAGAAAAGAAAAAGGCUGUUUUUCUACGAGUAUCAAUGUGAGGAAAUCACUUGCCCAGGAAGAGAAUCAAACCAACAGAGAGAUUGGUAAGAAGCUGAAGAGAAUCUGUGGCCGCUUUUAACCUGCGGGAGAAAGCAGAGCAGAAGGCUGAGACCUCCCCCGUGGUGAGCGCGGCCCACACAGGCGAGUUGGCUGCGGGGCCACUGAGGCUGGGAGCUGAGGGACCAGGUGCCACUGUCAGCAUCAGCCAGGAGGUGCAACGAGCAGACCAGGACAAUACGAAGGCUUGUCCAGCAAAGACCCUGGGGUCCCAUCCAGACCACACAGCAGGCCACAGCAGAGCCCAGCUCGAGCCAUCCUGCAGGCACACAGUGUUCUUUCAGAGCCCUGCCCCUCCCAGUGCCUCAUUCAACUUCAUAGAACAAGUUGGUGGCUCAUUUGGUUUUGUGUGUUUAGAAUCUGUGAAAGGAUGCAAGUUAGAGUCCCAGUGUAAGCGAGUUAAGUCAGCCUCGCAGAUACAAGCAGUAACUUAAUUAUGCUGGAGGAAUAGCUCAGAGCCUAAGAGCACUUGCACAUGCAUCGCAUGGUUUUCUUUACCCAAGAGAAUAAGCAGGCUGGUUGCUGACUAUCCCCCCUGAGUGUCAAAAGCUGUCCUCGACUCCAGAGCAGCCGUGGAUUAAAUUCCAUUUCAGUCUAAUAUUUACACUCUAAUAGAAGGGGGCACUUUGGGUUUGGUUGGAGACAAAUUGCAAGGUUGGGUGACAAACAAGUCAAACCAGUCCAUUAACCAAACACAAUGCAUAAAGGGCACAGAGGCUCCCUUGUGUUUCCACAGACAAAAUAUGCAGCCCCAAGAGGUGAGACUUCUAGACUGUGUUCAUGACCCUCAACUGGCAGGCCAAGAGGAAAAGAUGAAAAGUUUUUUGAAAUUUCAGUGUAUUAUUUCUUUAAGGUAAAACCAAUGUAAAACUAAACAUUCUUCUUACAAUUGUGUGUGUGUGUGUGUGUGUGUGUGUGUGAGAGAGAGAGAGAGAGAGAGAGA